UGUUGAAAGCGAAAAUAUAAUUUUGGAAACCAAUUUUUCGGAUGAGGCAAUUAUUUCUCCUGAAGCAAUUGCAAAUGCGCAGUUUUUAAAUGUCAUCGAACAGGUAAGUUUUUAUUGGAAACAUUUAAAAUUAUUACUUUAAUUACUUUUUUUUUGCACCCUUAAUUAUAAGCCUUUGAUUGGAGAAGAAAGUAAAAACGACAUUAUUAACAAGUUGAAUGACAUUGAGCAAAAAUUUAAUCAGUUUAAAAAUGAUAUAACAGAGAGCGUAAAAGAUAUGUUGGUGAAGGCAGUUGCGGCAAUUAAAUCAGAUUUUGAUGCCAAAUUAUUGUCAGCAAUGCAGAAUUUUAAAAACAAUCAUCAGGAUGAUGACAAUAUUCAAUUUGAAUUUCAUGCCGUUUCAACCUCACAGGAGUUAAGUCAAUUAGAGGAAAAUCUCAAAGAUCCAAAUUAUGAAAAGAAAGUAAGAAAUUAUUUUAAAAAAAUUAUUGGUAAUAUUCCUGAUACUAGUAAUGGUUUGGAUACCUGCUAUAGUAUUGUAGAUUAUUUUUUUGAGAAAAAAUUUAUGGUGCAGUGUUCGUGGACGGGAGGAAGUAGAAGCAACACUGAAAAAUGUUGUAUUAAAAAUUGCAAAAAUAUUUUAGAAGUGUUUUUUACAAUAGUCCAAAGUUCCAAUAAAGAUUUUUCGAAGGCUUUGUUGAAAAAAUUUAUAAUUGGAAUUACAAGAAAUGCAAAGAAGCGUAGUUUAACUGGAGGCAUCCGCCAAUCUUCAAUACAUAGAAGAAAAAAAUCAAUGGUUAAAAAACAACGUUUAAGUGGAAACAGAAAAGGUGUUGCUCAAAGACAAGGUAAAGGUACCUAUAUUAAAAAAAUGUAUAACAUAAAAAUUAUUAUUUCAGGCGAAAAUGAAAUUUUUUAUGAAAAUGAGCAAUCAUUUAAUGAAGAAAAAGAAUAUGAUGAAGAUAACGAUGAAUAUGGUAUGGAAAAAUAUGAAGCUGACGGUGAAGAUGCUAUAAUAGAACAUGACGAGGUUGAAGAGGAAGAUAAUAAUGAUACAGACACGGACUAAAAGAACAUUUUUAUUAAAAAAACUUUUUAAUUUACAUUCAAGUUUUGUUUAUUUUUAAUAGUGUGUAGAAGAGGAAUAAAAACAAUUUUACUUUCA